GCCAGCCGGGCAACAUUCCUGAAGGAUGAAAAAGAAAAAAACUUCCAAGAGCUGUCGAGAGUCAAUGCUCCGCUGGGGCCAGACCCGUUUAACGAGACAGACCGUUUUUUUUGUUUUUUUUAUGAUGAGUGUUAGUAUUCCUACUCGACCUCAUUCCUCCACCGAAUCCAUGUCCUGUGCGCAUGGGACGCACCGAGUUGUUAGGGGUUUUGUUACUUUAAUCGGACACAUGAAGUGGAGCUGAUGAAGAAACUCGCUGGAGUUAUUAACUAUCUUGACUAAGAAGGCUUUUGUCGUUUUGGUGGAUAAAUAAACACGCAAUGGAUCAGGAGGAAACAAUGGACUUCAAGGCCCUGAGGGCCAGGUUCCAGGAGGAAGAACUCUUCCUGAAGCAACCCAAGACCAAACCUGCUACACUGGAGAAACCAAAUUUUGUCCCACCUCCCCCCCAGAGCCCCCCACACUACCUCCCUGCUGGAGCGCGCACCUCCCUGCUCACCGCCAUCAACCAGAACCUGGAAGCGCAGACAGCGGGGGCCCCCAGAGUGGUCUUCAAGGAGGACAAGAAGGAGAGCAAAAAGCCUCUCAUUAACUCUAAGGGAAAAGACAAGAGUGAAGGGAAGCUGAAAAAAUCGAAAGACAAGACAACAAAAGGAAACAAAGAGAAGCUUGAGGACUCUUCCGCAGAUCAGAAGAAAGAGAAGAGGCUCCCACUGCUCCCCGGAGCACCUAAGGAGAGCACUGCAGAGCUGGUGCCAGCCACGCCUCCUCCCAAAGCCACGCCACAGAAGAAGAAGGGCUUCCUGGGUUUCAAGAGGUCAUCAAAAAGAGAUUCAGUGGUGCUCCCAGCAGAACCCUUCCUAGACACCCCCAGCUCAGACAUUCCUGGACCUGCUCCACUUAUCCCAGUACCUUCAGACUUUGGUGAUGCACCACCAGGGGCUGAAAUCGCCCAACCAAAGGCCCUUCAACCAAAGGCCCUUCUACCCAACAUUCCCACCUUUCCUGACUCGAGCGCUGCAGUGGAAAUUACCCCGCCCUCCACUAUCCCAGCCUCUCUGGAAUUCACCCCACCUCCUGCCUUUAUUCCAGCUCCCAAAGUUCCAACCCCAGAGAGGAAGACUCCACUUGAAUUACAAGCUCCCACCCUGGCUGUUUCCAGGCCUCCCAGCCAAAAUGAAAUCAUUCCCGAUCCACCCAGCGCUCCCCCGACCCCUCCGCCCAAGCGUGCCGUCUCGGUUUCUCCUCCGGCGGCCUCCACUCCCUCUCCCUCCCCUCCUGAGCCUGAGAUUGCAGCUGAGGCUGGUAUAGAGGCUGCAAACAUAGCUGCGGUGGCGACGCCUCCUCCUCCAGUAACAGACCCUGCGUCCAUUCCGCCGUCUCCCAAAGCUGAGCGUCCCAUCUCGGCGCUCUCAGCCCUCUCCAGGGCGGAGGACAUGGGCCCAGUGAAAAGGAUGUCUGCGUGUGACCAGAGGAUCUUCAACGCUCUGGAGAAGGCCCGCAGGAAGACCAGCCCGCCGACAAACCCCUCCCCAUCCUACUCCAUCACCCCACCUCCCAAAGAGCUUCCCCCGAGUCCCAUCGGCUCUCUCCCGGACCUCCCCGCCGUUGAUUAUAGAGGGAAGGCCCUCCCACCGAAACCAGUCAACGGCCUUGACCACGUGUUGAAAGGAGUCACUGAUGAGGGGUCCGAGGCUUUGCCAGAGCUGUUGGUGGUUCCACCUCCUCUCCCCAAGAAGGUCCUCCCGAGCCCUCCGUCUCUGGGUCCCGCUCCAGAGAAGCCAGUCAGACAUCCCUCUGUCAGCCCGGGUGCAUUCAUCCCUCCUCCUCCUCUGGAAGAUAAUGAGAUCCUUGAUCCUCCUGAAUUCUCAGAGACGGACACCACAGACGUCCCAGAGUUUGACGAUGUGACCUCAGAUGCCUAUUCCCCAGAGCCGCGGGUGUCAGACUGGGGGAACACCGGUCCAGAUACCGCGGACGGACAGAACCUGCCAGAGUUUGACAGUAACGGGCUAACUCCUCCAGGAGCCGAGGCCCAUGCAGCACCAGUGUCUGGGGACGAAUACCAAGAUAACCCACUACCUGAAUCCUCUUUCCCUCUCUCUCAGGAAUCUCCACCACUGGCGGGGCUCCAAGCUGAAGUCGGCAACGGUGUCUAUGAGAGCACAAACAACCUCUAUGAGGACAUCACCUCGUCUGCCACCAAAAAGAAAGCAAAGGCUGACAGUGGCAAGAAACGAAAAGGACCGCCAAAGAAUCCAUAUGGCGAGGCACAACAGGAAACGAAUGAAGAGAAAAGCAAGCUGGGCCGGUUCGGCAAGUCCGAAAAGAAAGACGGGCCGGAUGAGAAAGAGCUGAAAAAGAAAGAGAAGCAGCGCCUGGAAAAGGAGAAGAAGGAGCUAAAGGAGAAACAAGAGCGGGAAAAGAAAGAGCAGAAAGAGAGGGAAAAGAAGGAUAACGAUAUGAAGAAGAAAUUCAAAAUCACAGGACAGGAGCGGGCCAUGUACCAGGCAAAAGCGACCGUGACGACCAAGGCACGUAAGAACGAUCUGCCCCUCAACAGCGGAGACAUCCUCAGCAUCAUCCGAACAACCAACUGUCCCAAAGGGAAAUGGCUGGCCAAGGACAGCAGCAACAACUAUGGAUAUAUUGCAGUGGAUCAUGUGGAGCUGGACAUCAAGGAGAUGUUGGAGCUGGGAAAGAAGGCUGCAAUCACUCGCAAGAGUGUUCUAGAGGAGGAGGUUACCAGCACGGGGAACAGGGCCUCAAACCACUAUCCAAUUUCAGCAGGAAGUUUCUCAGAUGACAGUGAGGAGUGGACCGGUGACGAUGACGACCCUAUCUCGCCUACCUCUGAAACGGCAGACCCACUGGCUCCAAUGGGCCACACCAGGACACUCUCAAUGCCAGACAUGGGAAACAAAAACCUUAGUGUAAACCACCAGCACAGUCAAAGUGACCUCGCAGAUGGCCCCCUUGUCCAAGCAAGACAUGAAGCACUUCAGAAGUUGACCACGUUUUUCCAUUCACCUAAACCUGUUGAGCCAGCUGCCAGCAGCACUGAACCAGAGACAAGCCCUGUGCUAGUAAAGGAGAAUGCAGUUUCCUUGUCUGAAGCUAGUUCAACACAGGAAAUGGAUUUUGAUCAAACUGAUAUGCCCAUUUUACCCCCUCCUGACCUGUAUGCUUGACUUGACUGCUGAGAAAUUAUCAUAAAACAAGGACAAAAAGCAGCCAGGCAGAGGAAACAGGAUUUGCCUGCUGUUGUUAUUUCUUCACACAGUGACCCGUGUCAGUCGCCAAAUACUGUGACAGUCACUUCAUCUUCACAACUAUGACCUUAUUUACCUGGGGACUGCAUUUAUGGAUCAGUACGGUGACGUAGAAGAGCAAGAUAAGGAGAUUUUUUUUUUUUUUUAAGCACUCGCUGUGAAACCAGAGAGGGACAGUUUGCCCGGUGGCUCUGACUGACUUUGAAACUGCUGAUCCCAGGAAAGAACUUACAAACUGUCGUAGAAACACACACACCCUGGAGGCUCUUGUAGGGAAAAUUACACACUCCGUGUGUGAAUACCAGAAAUCGUUUUUUGGUGGUGGAAAUAAGGGGAGGACAAUGGAAAAUCUUGAGAAUCUGAGAAAAUGUCUCAGCUUGAGACACCAUCCUGAGAAAAUACACAGCGGACACAGGCAGUGAAAAUCAGGGGGAAUUGUUCACUAAUACACUUAAUGGUACACUAUACACUCGUUACCAGUUUACAGUGUAUUGCGAACAGAAAUAUAGCUGACAAACUGACAGAUGAACAAAGACUUCAUAGACUUUUAGGUCAGUUCAUCAGCAAUAAUUAAAAAUAUGUGUGUGGCCAGCUCUACGCCACAGAUGAUGUGAUCUAUUUUCAUUAAUUUCAUACUGCAUACAUUUUAGGACUCUGAUUACCAUUCAACAUUUACUUGAUAUUGGUAAUUUUUAUUCCAACUGUUUGGGUUACUGGGUUUACCCUCAUUAUUUAGUUAAAGAUCAUUACAGAUUAUGGAACUGCUUAUGUAACUACUUGCGUCAUAGUACUGUAUUUAAAUGCUGACAUAUUAGGUAUAGUUAUGAUCUUUAAUGGCGUACCAAUAAACAACAUGGAGCUUGA